AUGGCUCUGGAACGGAUGUCGUCGGGCCAAAUAGCCAGAUCAAUGAGUGUGGGGAGCCCGGGCCAGGUGUCGGCGAAACGAGGGAAGGUCGGGUCGGGCAGAGAGGAUGCGGGCGCUUCGUCGGGCCGGACCAAAGGGACUGAGGCAGCGGACGCCGGGGUCCGGGCGAACUGGGGGCUGUCGGCACGUCCCUUCUAA